AUGGCGCCCCUCGCCAACGACCCCCGCCAACUUCUCACCGUGUUGAACCUGGCCCGGCGCAAGGCCCUCUACACGCUCGUGGUCGAGAUUACGGCCUACAUGCGCUCGCAGCUCGAGUUCAACGAACUGCAACGGAUCUCGGACGUUGCACCACUGCUCAUUGACCCCUCGGCUGAGAACAGCAUCGUCAUCCCCGAAGGCGCGGCCGACACCACCCCGCCCAGCCCAGCUCUCGUCCGCCUGCGAGCGGCGGCCAUCGAGCACUUCGAUGCCUGGCGCAAGGAUGUCCUGGCGAAAUUUAAAGAGCUGCUCUCCACGCCCGACGAUGCCACCAUCGUCGAGGAACGGCGUAAGCGCAUCGCUCAGCAAAAGCAACAGCAGCCGCAGCAGCCGCAAAAAGCUGGGAGCAGUCGCGGAACGGCUGGGAACGAGGCAGACCUGCUUGGUUCUUGGGAUGCAUGGCCCGAGGACGGAAAUAAUACCAGGUUCACGAAGCCGGCUGAGGCGGAAACAGAGGAUCCCGCCCAGGCCAUCGCCCGCCUGCAGUCGCAUUGGCAUGCCAUCCCCACCCGGCUGGUGACGAUCCCGGAGGAGGACCGCAGGGAGACGCUCAGCUGCGUCCUGCUGGUGCUGCUGUCCACCGGCCACUACUCGGCGCACGCGAGGGCGAUGGCCGUGUACCUCGCCUCAGCACUGGAGUUGCCGCUGGCGGUUUUGAACAGCGAGGAGGCAGAAAUUGCAAUGUCUCUCGUAGAGCGAUCGAAUCAAGCCGUCAACGCGCAGCAGCAGACCAUGUCUGCCCAGGCCGAGGCAGAGAAGCGGAAGCAGCAGAACCAAUCAAGCAGAUACUGGAAAGUUGGUUUGGCCUCGGUGGCCGGCGCUGCGCUUAUAGGUGUCACCGGCGGUCUUGCCGCGCCUGUGGUUGCUGGGGCGAUCGGUGGCAUCAUGGGGUCUGUUGGCUUGGGCGGUGUUGCCUCAUUUUUGGGCAUCUUUUGGAUGAAUGGGGCACUUGUAGGAACGUUGUUUGGCGCAUUUGGGGCCAGGAUGACGGGCGAGAUGGUGGAUCGGUAUGCUAGAGAAGUCGAGGACUUCCGCUUUAUCCCCCUCAAGGACGAGUGGGGCUCCCGGGGCAGCAGAGACAACGACAGGCGUCUAAGAGUGACCAUCGGCAUCAACGGCUGGCUGAAUUCCAGAGACGACGUGACCAAGCCAUGGCGCGCUUUGGGCGAUGACUCGGAGGCGUUUGCCUUGCGUUACGAGAUGAGCAGCCUCUUGGGACUCGGCAAGUCCUUGCAGGAGCUGGUCUCGUCAUACGCUUGGAAUACGAUCAAGCUCGAGAUCCUGAAGAGAACCGUGCUGGCGACCCUCUGGUCAGCCCUAUGGCCGGCUUAUCUCUUGUCCAUGGCUUCCGCCGUCGACAACCCCUUCAGCCUCGCCAAGAACAGGUCCGAGAAGGCCGGUGAAAUCCUCGCUGACGCGCUGAUCAACAAAGUCCAAGGCGAGCGCCCAGUCACACUCAUUGGCUACUCCCUCGGCGCUAGGGUUAUCUACUCCUGCCUCCGUUCACUGGCUGCUCGGAAAGCUUUCGGCUUGGUCGACACGGUCGUCUUCAUCGGCGCUCCGGUUCCGUCAAACAGACAACACUGGCAGAUGAUUCGCACCGUGGUGUCCGGCAAGAUGUUCAACGUCUAUUCCGAAAACGACUACCUCCUCGCUUUCCUCUACCGCGCCACCUCAAUUCAGCUCGGGGUUGCUGGUCUGCAAGAGAUCAAGGACACUGAAGGCGUCGAGAACCUUAACCUCAGCGACGAGGUCCAGGGGCACAUGCGGUACGCCAAGUUAAUCGCAAAGAUUCUGGCAAAGUGCGGUGUUCCCGUCAUUAAAGGUUCCGAGGGACCGAUCGAGCAAGACGAAGAUACCAUCCAGCUCAGCAAUCAGGACACCGCAAACCUCAUCGACCUCGACGAGCUGGGUAUCGUUGGACCACCCAAGAAGAGCCAGACUGCGCCGCCACCCGUGCACACUUCUCCGGCGCAACCACAGCUACCCAUGACUCAGCUCAAGAAGCAACGCACAGCCGUGACGAGGACGGCGCGAUCCGCUGUUCCGGUCAAUCAGGACCUGUUGGGCCUCGAUCUAUCAGAAACGCCAUCACCAAACCCUGGCUCGGCAUUGAAACCCUGCCCUCGCGCACCCCAACCACAUACUCGCCCACAACGAGCCCCGAGCCCACCAGGGCCCGCACCAGCCGAACAGCCCAAGACAAUACCCACGACACCAAAGGCGGUCGACAGAUCUCUCCAUGCUGACGCCCCUCCCAGACCUACAGUGUCUCCAAUCCCGAGGCCUUCUGCGCCCAAAUCCCAGAUACCAGCUCCACAAACGCCGGCGUGGCCCGUGCUGACAUCCCCGCACAGCCAUCGCGCUGAGGACGACGAGGAGGAUAGCGAUGAGGAGGGCGGAAUGGGGAUCAAGAUGGUGGAUAACGACGACGGUCUCGAAUACUGUGACCCAACGCCUAUGGAGGACGAGUACCCAAGCUGGAAUUAA